AUGGAGGACCCAGGGGCAAAAUCCGUGUGUUGCAAUUUGCUAAUUCACCACGAUCUUAAGGCUGUGACCCUGAGAGGUGAAAACAGUCAUUUAGCUCAAUGUAGAAGGAUAAAUCCUGUGCUACCCGUCACAUUGGGAGUUUCUUGCAAUAGCACUGCAGUCUUCUCAGACAGGGCAGGAGAGAAACAUUGCGUUUCCUCAAGUGAGGCUGCAAGAGAUUUUGGGGGUGCUGUUCAAGAUUAUUUUAAGUGGAAGGCUGACAUGACCAACUUUGAUGUGGAGGUGCUUUUGAAUAUCCAUGAUAAUGAAGUCAUUGUGGGCAUUGCAUUGACAGAAGAGAGUCUCCACCGAAGAAAUAUCACACAUUUUGGACCUACAACUCUAAGAUCUACUCUUGCUUAUGGGAUGCUCCGGCUCUGUGCUCCUCAACCUUCUGAUAUAAUAGUUGAUCCGAUGUGUGGAACAGGGGCAAUACCAAUAGAGGGGGCUACUGAAUGGUCUAACUGCUUUCAUAUUGCUGGUGAUAAUAAUCCAUUGGCUGUGAAUAGAGCAGCAAAUAACAUCUCAUCUUUACUGACAAAGAGCCAAAUUAAAGAAGGCAAAUUGUCCUGGGGCUUGCCCAUAGAUGCUAUUCAGUGGGAUAUCUGCAAUCUGCCAUUAAGAACUGGCUCUGUGGACAUUAUUGUAACAGACAUGCCAUUUGGGAAAAGGAUGGGCUCCAAGAAAAGAAACUGGAACUUUUACCCAGCUUGCCUAUGGGAGAUGAGCCGUAUCUGUAAACCAGGGACAGGCCGAGCUGCACUACUUACUCAGGACAAGAAAUGCUUUACGAAGGCAUUAUCUGGAAUGGAACAUGUAUGGUGGAAAGUGCACACUGUCUGGGUGAACAUAGGCGGUCUUCAUGCUGCAGUUUACCUUCUGAACCAUGCACCUCAAGCUUUUGUUCAUCCUUCAGGACAGGAUAAAGAGGAGCGUCUAAGUGCAAAGAAUGAUUAAUAGUAUUUGUGCUUCCUGACACUGGAAAUGCCAGAAUUUUCUUGCUUUAAGAGAAAAAUAGUAUUUAGUAUUAACAAAAGUAGUUUGCUGUUUAAGUUGGUCUAAAGCUC